CCGCGGGGAGGAUAUAAAAGCCCCACGCCGCGCCUCAGACUCAAGAGUGGAUCCUGCAGAGUCCCCACGGAGCGCGAAGGGAUAAAGCUCCUCAACGCCAUUAAUAACGCAUGACGUUUACGCGUUUUUACGCAUUUUCUUCAGACCCCCCCGGAUGGCUAGAAGCUCCUCGGGGUUUUUGGUUUGGGGAUUUCCUGGACUUUGAAAGGAAAUUCCACGAGACUCUGAUAUUUUAAAGCUGUCUGCUGUUCCAGCUUUGGGCCACCUGACCAGUGCAUCCGGGACAUGUCCGCUCUGAGCCUCCUGGGCCCCUCUGCGCUGCUGCCAGGGCUGGACAACAGCAGUGUGGAGGAGGUCGGAGCGUCCCUUCAGGGAAACUGUUCCUGGGGGGAGACGAGCACCAAGGGAAAAGUCCUCGUCAUUCUGUCCAUGACCCUGGGCAUCAUCUCCAACACCGUGGCUCUUUUCAUUCUGGUCAAUGCCUACAAGACUCACCGGCAGGGCUCCAAAGCGACCUUCCUGCUGUUUGCCACUUCGCUGGUGGUGACAGACUUCAUAGGACAUGUGGUUCUGGGCGUCCUGGUUCUGCAGCUGUACUUCACAGGAGAUGUGGGGCCCGAGCACUCUGACUCCUCUGACGGCACGUGUCAGUUCAUGGGCGGCUGCAUGGUGUUCUUCGGCUUGUGCCCUCUCUUCAUGGGCUGCGCCAUGGCGGCAGAGAGAUGCCUGGGCGUUACCAAACCGCUGCCACAUAAGACGAUCGUCACCAAAAGUCGCUCAAAGGUUUGUCUGUUGCUCAUCUGGCUGGCAGCGCUGUGUGUGGCCCUGCUGCCCUGCCUCCAGCUGGGCUCGUACACCUACCAGUACCCGGGGACCUGGUGUUUCAUCAGCGUGCUCCACCACACCAGCCAGGCGGACUUGGCGUUUGUGGCGCUCUUCUCCGGGCUUGGGUUGACUGCUCUGAGCGCGGCCCUGCUGUUCAACACAGUCAGCGUACUGAAGCUGGUUUCGGCCCGGCUCCGGAAGAAGCCCGGCUUCCGUCACCCGGCCCGCUCGCAGGACAUAGAGACGGUUGUGCAACUUGUCGGGGUCACGGUCACCUCCUGCAUCUGCUGGUGCCCCCUGCUGGUCAUCGGCCUGACGUCUGUCAUCGACUCCUACAACGGCAGCGUCGGCGACAAGCUGUGCAGCUACAAAAGCUGGAUGGUGAUCGGCGUGAGGAUGGCCACGUGGAACCAGAUCCUCGACCCCUGGGUCUACAUCCUGCUGCGCCGCUCCGUUCUGCGCAAAAUCUACCUCAUCGCCAAGUGCCAGGCGGGGCUCCAUGGCGGGCCGCUGGGAGAAGAGCUCUCUGCCCAGCGUGGACAUGAACAAAGUCAACAAAGUCUGAGGGGAGAUGUCCAAACACGGACACUGAAUGACGUUUCCAACGUUGCUUCUGUGACGGAAGAGCAGUCCAAGUCUGACAGUUUGGAAUCCCAAAUGUUCCUUUUUUGAAGUUCAAUGAGAGCUGCUGCUGCUGCUGCUGAUGAUGAUGAUGAUGAUGAUGAUGAUUUUGCACAGUACACCAUGAAUGCUUUUGUAUUGACUAAUAUUAUAACUGUAGACUUUAAGAUAGUCUUCGCGACAGAAGGUUUCUAGCAGGACUGACCUGAGUGAAAUGAAGUGAAUCCGUUUAUCCACCAGGGGGCGCUCUGCUGAAGUUAAUGUGAGCCUGUUUGUUCACAAAGUUGGAAUUUGGAUCCCAGAACAACCUCCCUCUUUAUGUGCGAUGGUUGAUCACACCCAGCUUGAAUGCGCCCGUUCAUGCAGGUUGCAGUUCGAGCGUCUGCAGAAGUCCUGACACUCAAAGGCCUGUUUUCACCUUUUUAGCUGUGUGGCGAGCAGAGCUGCUUACGGCGCUCAGCCCCUUCACUGGGAAAAAGCAGUCUGUCUUAGUCUGACAUAAAAUGCUUGCAAACAGAAAAGUCUAAAGACUGGCACCCUUUACCAUAUUGUUUUGAUCAAACAUUGGAUUUAAUUUUUAAAUAUGUUUUACGUGUGUUGUUAUUUAAAGAUGAAAAUGGUGUUUUUUAUGUAUUCUUGUGGUGUUUUUCUGAUGAUU